CACUCAAAAACUAAAAUGGCAUUCAAGUUUGUAGUACUCGCAGCCCUCCUGGCAGUUGUCAGUGCCGGUGGUCCAGCUGUCUACGAUAUCGCUGCUUCCUCCGGGGACCACAGUAGCAUUGGUUUCAGCCAGGAGUCCACGCAGAAGGGCUUGGGUGGCCAAAACGUGAUCUCCUCGUACAGCAAAUCUGACGACUCUGCUCACUCCUUCGUCCGUGUCAGCAGCCACAGCGUCAGUAACGACGGUCUCUUGAAAUACGACAUCGCCCAUGCUCCCCUCGUGAAGACUGCCUACACUGCUCCGUCCUACCUCGCCCCAACGGCCACACCCCUCAUCGCGAAGACCUACGCAGCCCCAUACAGCUACAGCGCACCCCUGUUGACCAAGACAUACGAUGCCGCUCCAUCUUACACAUACGGCGCACCUCUUCUGACCAAGGCCUAUGCCGCUCCAACUCCUCUGAUCGCCAAGGCUGCAGUUGCUGCACCAGCUCCUCUUCUGGCUAAGGCGUACGCUUCUCCAAUCGCUGCUGCUCCUUUGUACGCCAAAUCCUACUCCACUCCCCUCUUGUCAGCUGCUCCAGCUCCUCUGCUAGCCAAGACCUACGAAUACGCCGCACACGCUCCAGUCAUCGCCAAGAGUGCUCUGUUAGCUCCAGCUCACGGAUACGCUGCCUCCCUUGCCCCAGCUCAUGGAUACGCCGCCUCCCUCGCGCCAGCUCCUCUCUUGACCAAGACCUACACCUCAGCUCCCCUCGUCGCCAAAGUCGCUCACGAAUACGUUCAAGAGCCUCAGCUGAUCACCAAGGCCUACGGUUACGAAGCAGCUUCCCCUGACGUGCACACCGUCUUCAACGGUCUUGGUACCAGCUACUCUUGGUAA